AUGAAACAAUUGCAAAUAUUUAAUAAGACGAAUAAAAAAAUCAAGAAAAAUUAUCUGAAAAUGAAAAAGAUUUUGCAUUUUAGACAUCAAAUGAAAAUAAUUUUAAAGAUGAAUAGAUAAUAAUAAAUAGCUAAUAAAAUGAAAUAGAUGGAUAAAAUUUACAGUAAGAAAAAACAUCAAAUUAAAUUGAAUAAGAUUAAUCUAACAGUUAAGAAAAUUAAUAAAUACUCCAAACAUAAUAUGAAAAAAUAUUAUUUUAAUAGAAUGCUGAAGAUUAUCAAUCUUCAUAAAACCCUGAUUAAGCCUUUAAUAGUGAAGAUGAUUAAUCCCACAGUUAUUAAAUAUAAUUAGAUUAAUUAAGCGAGAUACAAAUAUUAGAAUAAGCAGAGAACUCAAAGUAUUAAAAACAAGAGACUUAAGAUUAUGUUUUGUAAUAAAAAUAUCCUAAAUAUCAUAAGCUUUAAGGAUCAUAAAGUGUAGAGGAUUUGA